CGGAAGGGAGUCACAGCUGGGAGGGUCCGGCGGAGGGCCCGUUCGGCGAUGGCGUCGAGCGAGGCGCGGGGCCUUCGUGCGGGGCCGGGGCUCGGGGCGGCGGCGGCGGCGGAGGAGCGUCCGGGCCCGGCUCCGGCACCGCAGGCCACCGUGCUCAUGUCGUGCCGGGUGUCGGAGGGAACCGGCGGCGAGAUCGCGGCGCUCCGCCUGCAGCUGAGCAUGGAGAGGCCCGGGGAGUUCCGGCUGGGGGUGCGGCACGGCGGCCGGAGCCUGAGCCUGUAUGAAUUUAAUUUGAAAGAUAUCAUAUAUGAAUUCAAGAGCACGACAUGCCAUGGGAUUAGCACACGGAGCCAGCCGGCCAACCAGCUGAUCUACCACUUUGAGGAUGAGGAGGAGGCUCAGAGGUGGUCGACCAUCAUCAACAGUUCUCUGAGGGAGGUCGAGAAAGCAAAUUCGACAGUCGGUCUACAGAACCACAGUCCUCCGCUACAGACAGUGGCCAAGGGGAGCACCAAGACUGGGGAAGAUAUUCCCAGAGCAACCCCUGACAUCCCAAAGCCCGGAAUGGACCUUGCCCGAACAGAAGAUCUGAUUCUGCGGCUUGCUCAGGCGAUAGAAGCAGGUGAUUCCGCCUUGUCGUCAGAGUAUGCUGUGACUCUAGCACAGCAGAGAGCGUCCCUGGGAAUUCCCUCAAGAGGUUCCUAUCGAAGCCAGCAGAUCAGUCUGAGAGUUGGAGUGGAGGAUGCCACUUCUUCUGCCAUGAUUGUUGUGAAGAUCUUCCCUUAUGCCACAGUCUUCACGUUAAAGCAACAGGUAUUCCGAGAUUUUGGAUUCCACCCCAGUGUCCAGCGCUGGAUCAUCGGCCAGUGUCUGGCGGCCGACCACAGAACGCUGAGCUCAUACGGUGUGAAGAAGAACGGAGACUCGGCCUUCCUCUACCUGCUGUCGGCGAAGCUGGCCAGCCUGCCUCGGCACCAGUACGAGGAGGACCAAGCCCUCGCCGUCAUGUCCAAUGGAGAGCCGCUCAGCGACGCCCUCAGAAGGGACAGCCUCCUGGUCAAUGACAAGAGGAGCUGCAACACGUUGCCGAGCAGGUUGCCUGCAAUGAAAGGUGGAGUACCUCUGAUGAACAGGGAGGGAAGGAUAGAUGUCAGUAACAACGCUCACUGUCUCAAUCUAGAGUUGAUGUCGCAUCAACUGCCUAUGUCGCAGGAGGCAAGGAGCCAGCCCUUGCAGCAACCUUCUCCCACACCCCACUCCGUGCAGAAAGGCUGGGCCUGCGUGCAAUGUACCUACAUAAAUAAGCCCACCAGGCCCGGCUGUGAAAUGUGCAGCAGUCCCCGCCCACAGGACUACUCGGUGCCAGAGGAAUACGCACUCAAUGACGAGGAGCUCUGUCGCAUCCUGCAGGAGAAAGAGGCACUGCUGAGGUCGCAACAGGAGCUGGAGGAAGAGCGACUCCGGAAUUACCAGCACUUGCUGCAGCUUGACGGGCAGCACCUGGUGACCAACCGCGAGUCCCUGGACUGCCCCAUCUGUCUGAGCAGCGUGGGGCCGGACGAGGGCGUGGUGCUACGGGACUGCCUGCACUCCUUCUGCAGGGAGUGCCUGAAGCAGCUGAUCCGGAGUUGCGUUGACCCUCAGGUGGCCUGUCCCUACCGGGACAACAGUUACGCAUGUGACAGCAAACUGCAGGAGCGCGAGGUCCGAGCGCUGGCCUCGCUGGAGGAGUACAGCAAGUUCCUGGAACGCAGUGUGACGGCGGCAGAGAGCAACAGCGACAGCUUCCACUGCAGGACGCCGGACUGCAAGGGCUGGUGCAUCUACGAGGACACGGUCAACGAGUUCCACUGCCCCUCCUGCAGAAAACUCAACUGUCUGCUGUGCAAGGCGAUCCACGAGGGAAUGAACUGCAGGCAGUACCAGGACGACCUGGGGAACCGAGCCCUCAACGACUCUGCCGCUCGGCAGACAAAGGAGAUGCUGAAGACCCUGGUCCAGACCGGGGAGGCGAUGCACUGUCCCCAGUGCAGGAUCAUCGUGCAGAAGAAGGGAGGCUGUGACUGGGUCCGCUGCCCCAUCUGCCACACCGAGAUCUGCUGGGUCACCAAGAAAUGUCGCUGGGGGCCAGGGGGUCCGGGUGACACCAGCGGUGGGUGCCGCUGCCUGGUGAACGGACAGAGGUGUCACCCCCUCUGCCAGAACUGCCACUGACGCCCCCCCCCUGGAGGGGAGGGGCUCAGCCCCGACACCACCGACCGGACAGAAGCCCAGCGAUCAGAGGGCAGCCACACUCACCCCUGGCAGCAGCUGUCUGCAGAUGUGGAGGGCCAGAGCAGGCAGAGGUGGCCGGCACAUCUGGAACCCAGCUGCUGGAAGGUCGAGCCAUCGUGAGCCCAGUGAUGUCAACAGUUACACCCGUGUGUGCGUGCGUGUGCGUGCGUGAACCCACCUCCCGUGGGUGUCUGGGCCCCGUGCGAGCAGACUCCCCCAGUGUGGGCGUUAUUCCUGGAUCUCGGGAUGGGACUCGCUCCACCUUCACCCAGGAGCCCGAGAUUUCCACCAGACGGGGAACAGUCCCAGAGGGAGAUAAACUUGGACGGGUUGUUGGAGACACGGAGACGGCAGAGGCUGGAGGGAACUCAGGGGGUCGGGCAGCGUCUGUGGGGGGGGGAACUGUUGACCUCAGGGCUGGAGACCGGGUCCGGGAACCGCUGAGGUCAGCGGACGUUCAUGGGGACCGGUGAGGCCACAGGGAGCGGGCAGGGCGCAGUUGUGGCUCCGCACUGUGGGCAGGUUUGGGGAUGAGGGUUACUGGAGAACUUCACUGAAGGGAUCCCAGGGAUGAGGGGGCUUCAGUCCUGUGGGUGGAGCGGACAAGCGGCGCUGUCUCCUGGGCACAGGGGAGGUCCAUCAGGGGUGGACGGAGGGAACGUGUCGCAGACCGGGGGGGGGGUGCGCGCAGGGUGAAGGGGGUUGGUAACGGAGCCAGAACUCACCUGAAGUUCCCCACCCACCACUGAGAUCCAACUCUCAGUGCCUGCAGGGGAGCUGGGUCAGAGGGGAUGCUCUCACCUAGAGCCAGCACGGACUCAUUGGGUCGAAUGGCCUCAGUGGGUGCUGUAACCAUUCCGUGAGACCGGGGCCACCUCUUGCUUCUGGUCGCUGCCCCCCCCCGCCUCUGUCAACCCCCUCCCACCCUCCAUCUCCCCCUCCUCCACCCCCUCCCACCAACCCCCCCACCUCAACCCCCUGCCUCCGCUCUCUGCACCGCACCAGGGUCUGACUCCGCGCCCCGGUCCCUGCCUCUCCCGGUGGGAGCAGCUCCCUGAUCCCCACCCGGGGCACUGCCCCGUCUCCGGCCCCCCGAGCAGCCGGUCUCCACCGAGGGCCCAGUGCGUCGGGCAGCGUCUGUGGGGGGGAGAGAGAGAGAGAAAAACUUCACGUUCCGGGUCCGUGACCUCCCGCUGGAGCUGGGACAGGGGAGCGGUGGGAGAACAAGAGGCGCCUGUGACCGGGUGGAGACGGUGCCGGCUGGGAGGGGGGUGGGUCGGGGGUGAGGGAACCGUCCCUGAACUGUCGGGUGGGCUGCAGAACACUCGGCGGGUCGGGCAGCGUCUGUGGAGAGAAACUCCACGGGGCAAAGCCCUGACGUCAGAACAGCCCCGCUCUGAUUGGCUGAGUCCCGCAGGUGGUAGCGCGUCCAUUCAAUAGAUGGUGGUGCUGUCCCCUGGGGGGCUCAGGGUGGGCGGGGGGGGGUGGUCUGCAGAGUUCCAGCUUCCACCUGGACAGGGGACAACCUGCGCCGAGCAGCUCCGCCGGGAGUUUCUAACGUUCUCCCUCCACAGAGGCUGCCCGACCCGCCGAGCAUUCGGGGCACCGGCUGCGUUCUGUACCUCACAGCGUUCCCUCCCCCCCCCCACUCCCCCUCCCCUCCUCUCCCCUCUGCUCCUCCCUCCCCCACACUCCCCCGUCCCCCCCGCACUCCCCCUCCCCCUGCACUCUCCCCUCCCCCUUCUCUCCCCCGCGCUCCCCCUCCCCCACCCUCCCAACACCCGGUUCCGAACGCUCCCCGAGCCCGGCAGUGAGGGAUCGGAAUCUCCGUCCCUCCUCCUCCUGCUCCACUGACUGACCGUCUCCAGUAUUUAUCUCAGGUUUCUAGCAUCUGCCGUCUCUUGUUGCUUUUGGUUUUGCAAACUGUUCCUGAUCCGGGGCCGGGGCCGGGGCUUGAACCUGAUCUAUCCCAACAUUAGUUUCAUUUCUGAUUUCCAGCUGUUGAAUAUUGUACAGUUCUGCCUGUCACAAUCGGUAAUAUAUUUUACUAGUGACACUGAGUGCGCUGAGGGGUCUCUCCGUUUAUCUCAGACCACCGCAGGAGCCGGAGAGACGGGCAGCGCCGGUGGUGGCGGGGUCAGUGUGAACCCAUCGCUCUGUCUCUAUCUCCACGGAUGCUGCCUGACCGGCUGAGUGUUUCCAAUGUUCCUGCCUCAGAUUCCAUUCUCCGGCCCCGGCUCCCAGCCACCGCCUGCCUCGGUGGAGAUUUGCCAAGACGGGGAACUAGCGUCGUUAGUGGGGGGGAAAC